UCUUCCCUUAAACAUUUGCGUCCGCCAUUUUCGAUUGUGUGGUUGAUUUCCUUCGAACUAAAUAAAUGCAAUAACAAUAUGUUUUUAUCCAAUAUCUAAAAUCACAUAUCAUUAUCAAGAAAUCUAUUGAAAUUUCAACGUUGUAACAAUGUCUUCUAAUCAGGAGGGGUUUAUUGCUGACAAGGUAAAGAAAGCAGAAAAAAGAGUUGAUGUAUCCCCACAUGACACUGAAGCAUGGAGUGUCCUUAUAAGAGAUGCACAGAUAAAGCCUAUUGAGCAAGCAAGACCUGUGUAUGAGAGAUUGGUGCAACAGUUCAGUAAUGCAGGACGGUACUGGAAGAUCUACAUAGAACAUGAGCUGAAGUCAAAGAAUUAUGAAAGAGUGGAAAAGUUGUUUCAGCGUUGCCUCAUCAAGAUUCUCAACAUAGAUCUAUGGAAGUUGUAUAUAACAUAUAUCAAAGAUACGAAGGGCAAACUACCCUCAUACAGGGAAAAGAUGGCUCAAGCAUAUGACUUUGCCCUGGACAAGAUGGGGAUGGAUAUUAUGUCACAGUCUAUAUGGCAUGACUAUAUAAUGUUCCUAAAGUCUGUUGAUGCAGUGGGAUCCUACGCAGAGAACCAGCGCAUAACAGCUGUACGUAAGGUGUUCCAGAGGGGCGUGGUCAACCCCAUGAUCAACAUUGAAGCUUUGUGGAAAGAUUAUGGAGCAUACGAAAAUAGUAUAAACCCUCUGAUAGCUAAGAAGAUGAUCGAAGAUAGAGGGCGUGACUAUAUGAAUGCUAGACGAGUAUCGAAAGAAUACGAGGUAGUUACAAGAGGUCUGAACAGAAAUCUACCAUCUGUAUCUCCCACAAAUACACCUGAAGAAGCCACUCAGGUUGAGCUAUGGAAGAAAUAUAUUGCCUGGGAAAAGGGUAAUCCUCUUAGGACUGAGGAUCAAGCCCUUAUAACAAAAAGAGUUAUGUUCGCAUAUGAGCAGUGUCUACUUUGUUUGGCUUAUCAUCCCGAUGUUUGGAUAGAGGCAGCUAACUACCUGGAACAAUCUAGUAAAAUACUGACAGAGAAAGGGGAUCAGAAUGCUGGUAAAAUGUUUGCUGACGAGGCGGCAGCCUUGUUUGAGAGAGCUAUCACAACUACAAUGAAGGGAAACAUGCUGAUAUACUUUACAUAUGCUGAUUUUGAAGAGAGUCGUAUGAAAUACGAGAAGGUUCACAGUAUUUAUAAGCGAUGUGUAGCAGUAGAAUCUCUAGAUCCGUCACUGGUUUACAUACAGUACAUGAAGUUUGCACGACGAGCUGAAGGGAUAAAGUCAGCCAGACAAGUGUUCAAAUUAGCAAGAGAAGAUAAACGCUCCACCUAUCAUGUGUUCGUUGCAGCUGCCCUAAUGGAAUACUACUGCAGUAAAGAAAAAACUGUAGCUUUAAAGAUAUUUGAGCUUGGUUUGAAGAAGUUUGGAGACGUAACAGAUUAUAUCCGGGCCUAUGUGGACUUCAUGUCACACUUAAAUGAGGAUAAUAAUACCAGGGUACUGUUUGAAAGAGUUUUAUCUUCUGGCCAGAUACCUCCUGAAAAGUCUAUAGAUAUAUGGAGUCGGUUUCUUGCCUUUGAAUCAGAGGUUGGUGAUCUAGCCAGUAUACUUAAAGUUGAAAAAAGAAGAUCUCAGGCAAUUGAAAAGAUACAAGAAUUUGAGGGCAAAGACACAGCGUUGUUAAUUGACAGGUAUAAAUAUGCUGAUCUAUUUCCAUGCAGUCAGUCAGAGUUAAAGGCAUUAGGAUAUCAUGAUCUAAUAAGGAAGCAGGUUGUUGAACUACCAACAAGUAAAGUGACCAAAAUUGUCAUGGAAGAAGAUGAAAAUAUGAAACGUCCAGAAUACCCCAAACCAGAUACACAACAAUGGCUGCCAUUUAAACCCAAAAUCAAUGUUCCUAUUGAUGCUCAUGUAGUACCCGGUGGUGUAUUUCCUCCUCCAGCUGCAGCAUCUGCCUUAAUGAUGUUGAUGCCACCUCCUGAAUGUUUUCAUGGUCCAUUUGUUAUCAUAGACAAGUUUAUAGAGCAUUUCAAGAAAUUAGAAAUUCCUGAUAUUCCUAUGUUAGAGAAUGGAGUAGACACACCAGUUAAGAUGGAUCCAGGUACUCUACUGUCUCUAGAGUAUGCAUCCGGUCGUAAACGAAGAAUUACCGAGAACGAGGCAAGUGAUGAGUCUAAGCGUAGGGUGUUACAUUGGUUUAGAAAAGGAUUAAGAUUACACGAUAAUCCAGCGUUAAGAGCAGCUUUAGAUGGUGCACAAACAUAUCGAUGCGUUUAUAUUUUGGAUCCUUGGUUUGCUGGCGUUUCACAAGUUGGUGUUAAUAGAUGGAGGUUCCUUUUACAGUGCUUAGAAGAUCUUGAUUCCAGUUUACGGAAAUUGAAUUCCAGACUUUAUGUUGUUAGAGGUCAGCCGGCAGAAGUUUUUCCUAGAUUAUUCAAGGAGUGGAAUAUUACAGUUUUAUCAUUUGAAGAAGAUCCCGAGCCUUUCGGCAAAAAUCGAGAUGCAGCGAUCACGGCGAUGGCUAAAGAAGUUGGGGUGGAAGUGGUGAAAAAAUCCUCGCAUACAUUAUAUGAUUUACAAAAAAUAAUUUCAGAAAACAAUGGCAUACCUCCUCUUACAUUUAAAAGAUUUCAAGCUGUGUUAUCAAGGAUGAGUCUACCAGCGAAACCAGAGGAACGCAUAUCAUUAGAAACAAUUGGUGAAGCGAAAACACCAAUAACACUUGAUCAUGAUGAACAAUAUGGUGUACCAUCAUUAGAGGAGUUAGGUUUUGACACUGCUGAUCUGAAUUCCAAAGUUUUUCGUGGUGGGGAAACAGAGGCGCUACAAAGGUUACACAGACAUUUGGAAAGAAAGGCAUGGGUUGCAAGUUUUGAGAAGCCAAAGAUGACAUCACAGUCUUUGUUUCCUAGUCAAACAACGUUAAGCCCGUAUUUAAGGUUUGGAUGUAUUUCACCUCGUCUUUUCUACUGGAAAUUACAAGAACUCUACAGAAAGAUUAAAAAGGGGUGUGAUCCACCACUGUCAUUACAUGGGCAGUUAUUGUGGCGGGAGUUCUUCUAUACAGCGGCAACAGAUAAUCCUAAUUUUGACAGAAUGUCAGGCAAUUCAAUAUGUGUACAAGUACCAUGGGACAAAAAUCCAGAGGCAUUAGCCAAGUGGGCAGAGGGAAAAACUGGGUUUCCAUGGAUAGAUGCAAUCAUGGUACAGUUACGGGAAGUUGGUUGGGUACACCAUCUAGCUCGGCACGCGAUUGCAUGUUUCUUGACAAGGGGGGAUCUCUGGAUAUCAUGGGAAGAGGGAUUCAAGGUAUUUGAUGAGUUGUUACUGGAUGCUGAUUGGUCAGUGAAUGCUGGAAUGUGGCUGUGGUUGUCAUGCAGCUCAUUUUUCCAACAGUUUCUCAACUGUUACUGUCCUGUAGGUUUCGGGAAACAGGCUGAUCCUACUGGGGACUUCAUCAGACAUUAUUUACCAGUGUUGAAAGGGUUUCCUCCACAGUACAUAUACGAGCCAUGGAAUGCCCCUGAAAGUGUACAGAAAGCUGCCAAAUGUAUUGUGGGUAAAGAUUACCCAGUUCCCAUGGUGAAUCACGCAGAGGCGAGCAAACUUUGUAUGGAACGAAUGAAACAGGUGUACCAUUCACUGAUUAAAAGGAGAUCUAGAGUUACGCUACCCAAGCAGAUCGUGUAUGAUUCAGAUCCAGAUAUGGCAGUGGAGGAGAAGCCAACACGAGGUAAUCACCCGUCUAAGGCUGAUGUGAUAACAAAUGAGGAGAAUGUUAUGAUGGGACAACGAUCGGCUACAUCGGACAGCGAGAGUGACGGACAAAUAUCUGUAAAGGCAUGACAAAGAAUCCAUCAGCAAGUCAACUAAAGUAUUACAGCUCAAGUUCUGUCCAAUAUCAUGAUUGAUUUUGCACAUCGCUUUUGUACACAUCUGGUUAUCAUUUAGCUUUGAAUUUUACUUGUUAAAAAUUGAAUUGUCAAUAUCAAAUGUAUAGCAUAGUUAGACAAAUAGCAUUCCUUGUUUCUGAGUUGGAAUUAUAUGGAAACUAGUGAAUAUAUGUAAACAGAUAUGGAUAAUUAUCAAGACAAGUGUGAACAUGAUCAUUUUGGUAGUUUAAAAGUUUUGCUUCAAUCAAGAAAUAAUUAGUUGGUAUUGUAGAUAAUAAAAGUAUUUAUAUUAAUUUAAGACUGUUUGAAUAAAAUUGUACAUCAUUUCCAUGAAUUUUAUUGAUGUAUUUAUAGUGUUUAGAGGGAAAUUACCAAAAUAUCAUAAAUCCUACAUCUAUUGUGAAGUUGUGUUGCAGUGUAUGUUGUUUCAUCAGCAAUGAAAUCUUGUUUUUGCUCCAACCAUACAGUUGUGUUGUUAGUUCAGCAAGGAAGUUGUGUUGUUGCUCAAUGAAUGCAGUUGUGUUGUUUCAUCAGGAAUAAAGUUUGAUGAUACAUACUGAUUAAAGUUGUUAUGUCAGAUCUAAAAUGAAGUUGUGAUGUUUCUCUGUAAGUAAAGUUGUUGGGACCAAGAAUAAUGUUAUAGUAAAAGUUGUGUUGUUUCUAUAGGAAUGGAAAUGUAUAUAUAUACCUGGAUUGAAGUUGUGUUAAUGAAGUUACGUUGUUGCAUUUCAUUUGAUUUGGAAUGCGGUUGCAUAGUUAUUUUCAAAGUAAAGAAUGGUGUAAGCAAAUGAAGCAAAUGUGAAAAAAAGCCUUUAAGCUUUUUAGAUUUUUGCUUGUUUGUUUUCUUCUUCUUCAAAAUUACAACUUGAAGAAAUGAAUGACAUUAUCCUCAUGUAAGAGACAUGUCAUUAUAAGAUCAAACCAGUUUAAAUAUUGACCUCAGUAUAAGAAAUACACACUCUGUUUUAAUUUAUAUCAUUAAAAUGUCAUUGUUGUAACAGUUAUAAAGUAAAGUAUUUGGACUAAGUACAAAAUUUAUAAGAAACUCCACUGAAGUCAAAACCCUAAAACAUUAAAUUUGAUUUUCUUAUAUCGACUAAGACAUUUGAAAAGGAAAGAUAUGCAAAAGAUAAUCAAGAAAUAUACUCGGAAUUAAAUAAUACCGUAAUUUUGGUCAUUUCUUAGCCUAAUUUAAGUUUAAAAUGGUUUUCAUGUUUGGGACAUUUUUCCCAGAUGGACAGUGAGCAAAUGAUCAGAAUUUUUACACAGUAGUCAUUGAUCCAGACCUACAUCAUAUGGAACAAAAAUCUCGAAAAAAUAUUUCCUGUCCUAUCAUAUUAAAAAAAUUGUCAGUGGAGUCUCUUUCAAUAAAGUCUCAAAAAGAGCUUUUUUUUAAAAAAGAAAAGAGGAAAGAACCAUUGGUGGUCGCCCAUCAUCGUUUAUGACAUUGUUACCUGCACAGUUUAAUUAUACCUGUACAUGUACGUCAAUGGUUAACAGAAUUCAUCUGAUUCCAUCAUUGAAAAUAUGAUACAAUUUACAAUCUUAUGUCAUGUUGUCAUUGAAUUUCCAGCGUUUUAUAUUGUUUUAUUUUAGCAUUGUAUAUAAACUCAUCUUUAUCAUCACUGAGUCUUCACUGUGUGCCAUCCAUCAUUUUUCUGAAAUUUUAUGAAAAAGGCUUUUUGUGAUAGUUUUUAUUUCAUAAGAAUGAUUCUAUUGCCUACACAGAAUGUUUAUACUAUGAUCUGUUGUUCAACUUCUGUUUUAUUGCUUAUGUUUAAAUGGUAUAAAGCUAUAAAAAAGCCAGCCUGUAAAAAAUUACAUUGUGUGCUCAACAGACAUAAUAUUUAGAGUUUUAGUAAAAUGUGGCUCUCUUAUUUAAUGCACAUGAAUUGUAUUUUAUAAAAAGAAAAUGAAAUGGAACAAAAAUUUCACUGCUAAUUUUACACUUAAAUUAGGUUUAGCAAUGAUUUUACUCAAAAGUGUCCCUCUUUAUAAACUUUCUUCCGAUGUAUACAUUCAGCAUGAUUCUAUUUAGAAAUGUUUAUUUUGUAUAUUUUGUAUUACUUAAUGUUAAUAAUAAUAUUCCAUUUUGUCAUUAGAUUCGCAGGACUUUGUAGGUUUUUUGUCUUUUUUUUUCUUCAGAAAACUAAUUUGUUAAAUGGCAGAUCAUUGCUUAAAUUUUGCUCUAAAAAGUUAUUUGUAAAGUUAAAAACUGAACAGUACCAUCAGUAUAGUGCCAAGCCAGCAUGGACUUGGGCACUACAUGUAUAUAGUUAGUUUAGUCUAUUAUAAGUUUCUUAUUAUAGAUAUAUGUGUAGAAACCCCAUAAACUAACAAUUGUUUGUGCUAAUUUUAGCAGUUAUGAUUAAAACAAGUGCUGUCAAUGUAUCACUGAUUGAUACCAUUGUUUUAUUAUAGAAUUCAUAUUUAUAGCCAAUGUUGAAAGACGACAUUUUUCAUUAGAAUAUCCCCUAUUAUACAAUGUCAGCGUGAAAAUGAAUAAUCAUUUGUCUAUUUAAAACAUAUUGCCUGUAACACCUUAAUAACAUUCCCUGGACAGGGAUUAAAUGGCAGUUUUGUGCAGUUGCUUUCACAUAACAUACAUUACCUCUGGUCACCGUGUUAGGGGUCAUUAAUUUUCCAAUUUAAAAAUAGUACACUGCACUGAGGGUAUCAUAGCAUUAUAGUGACCGACGAGUCAACCUGCAUACAUUAAGGGACUGAAGCCUCAGUUCCAUUUAGUGUUUGGGGCUGACUAGGAGGUUACUAUAAUGCUAUGACGGCCGAGUCCUUUGUCCUUUUUAGCUCGACUAUACGAAGUAUAUGGAGAGCUGUCCUACUCGCCCCGGCGUCCGCGUCCAGAUUUUAGAUUAAAGUUUUGGUGCAGUAAAAUAUUUUUCACUAUAACUUUGUCAUUUCUUAAGGUAUCAACUUCAAACUUCAAAUAUAUGUUCCUUAUCAUCAACCACAUCUUAUGUGACAAGAUGCAUAACUCUAGCACCAAUAUUUACAGAUUUAUCUCCCCUUGAACUUAGAAUUUUCUUUAAAAAAUACUAUUUUUUACUGAUACUUCUUUGUUUCUUAAGGGAUCAACCUCAUACUUCAAAUAUAUGUACCUUAUCAUCAUUCCCAUCUUAUGUGACAAGGUUCAUAACUCCAGCACCAAUAUUUUCAGAUUUAUCUCCCCUUGAACUUAGAAUUUUCCUUAAAAAAUACUAUCUCUUACGGUUUCUUCUUUAUUUCUUAAGGGAUCAAAUUCAUACUUCAAAUAUAUUUACGUUAUCAUCAUCCCCAUCUUAUAUGACAAGGUUCAUAACUCUAGCACCAAUAUUUUCAGAUUUAUCUCCCUUUGAACUUAGAAUUUUCCAUACAAAAUAUUAUUUUUACUGUAACUUAUUUAUUUCUAAAGGGAUCAACUUCAUACUUCAAAUGUAUUUACGUUAUCAUCAUCCACAUCUUAUGUGACAAGGUUCAUAACUCUAGCACCAAUAUUGCAAGAAUUAUCUCCCCAUAAACUUAGAUUUAUUUUCUAGAAAAAUGUUAUUUUUUAUUUUAACUUUUUUAUUUUAAAAGGUAUCUACCUCAAACUUCAAAUACUUAUUCCUUAUCAUCAAUUACAUUUUAUGUGACAAUGUUCAUAAAUCUUGAAGCAAUAUUUACAGAUUUAUCUCUCUUUGAACUUAGGAUUUUCUUUAAGAAAUAUAAUAACUUCUUUAUUUUUUAAGGUAUCUACUUCAAACUUCAAAUAUAUAUUUCUUAUCAUUACACAAAUGUUGUGUGGCAAGGUCCAUAACUCUAGCAUGACUAUUUCUAGAAUUAUUCCCCUUGAUCUUGGAAUUUAUGUUAACAAAUGUUAUUUUUUUACUAUAACUUAAUACAUAAUUAUACAUAAUUGAUUUUUCUUUCAUAGUUUUGUCCUCCUUACUGCGUCCAGUAUUUUAUUAGUCGAGCUUCGCUGUCUCCUGUGACAGCUCUUGUUUUGUAUAUUAUACUGCACUUUACUAAAACGUAACAGUAAAAGUUCAAUGUGGAAGGAAAUCAUUUUGGUUGAAUAACAAAAUUUCUAGUAAUAUGUUUUAAAAACUGUUGGCAGUCAGCUUUUAUAAUGCUGUUGUGUAAAAUAUUCAUCGCAUUUACACGAUGCUAAGUUAAAGUAGUCCGACAAAAAUUUUAAGUGCCCACUCAGGGGGUUGCUAUUCUAUUUUGUCAGAAUGCUGAUGUCAUUGUGAAUAUUAUAUCAUUUAAAGGCUAGCUGACACUUGGAUAGAUAAAGAAGUAACCAUUUAUAUAA